UAUUAAUAAUAUGUAACUUAACAGGAUCCAUUAGGUAGUUAAUUCUCCUUCUGAGUGACAUGCGGGGGACACCCGAACGCAGGGACCUUUUCGGAUCGUCGUUGUUCGACCGGCAAGCCGAGAAUCAAUAAUUAGAAAAAUUGAACUAGUUGAUUGAUUGGAUUUCGGCUUCCCAGCCCUGAGGCGUCGAUCAGACCACUUCGGUUCUUAGUUGACUUCUCUGCGCUACUCUCCCGGUUUUUCCCUACGCGAAGCUCAGCCCAGCUCUAUUCCGUCUUUUCUGAUGGGUUGGUUUCCCCCGUAUUUUGUUCGUUGGAUGAUUUGGGGAAGAUGGAUUAUUGGUUCGCUUUCCUCUUCCUCCACCGACUGAACAAUAAUCGGGGCCAUUGUGAUUCGACCAUCCGAGUCAGGAGACUAUGGUAUGGUACGUAUUGAGCCUCUUCUUGUUCUUGUUCACUGACCUGACAUGUCUGCGGUUGAAGACUUCUACUAACUAUCUACGUAGUACGGAGUAUACCGCUCUGCGGUGCCUGAUCGUGCCUGUCUAUCGUCAUGUUGUAUCUCGGCUUCAUGCAUCACCCGGUGGUGUGGUCGAGCUCUGGCCAUGUGUUCUGCCUAUCCAUGUCAUGCCAGAUUGACUGAAUGUAUGUAUGGACCGUAUAUACGGAUGAAUGAGUAUAUAGUAUAUAUAUACCCCAUG